AUGGAUUCGGAUUACUACCGUACCACCGCAAACUCGGGAAGGAUUAAAAGGAAGCGCUUUGAAGGCAAAUGGCUGAAAGAUGAGGGGGUACAAGAGGUGGUGCAAACGGCAUGGGAGGCGGGUCUGUUGACUGGAGAUGGAGGAGUGGCUAAUGCUAUAGAAAAUGUACAGAAGUCUCUUCACAAAUGGGACCAAGCUGUCCUCAAGAAGCCAAGGGUCAAGCUCCGUACCCUGGCGAGACAGUUAGAGGAGGUCUUGCGACGAGAAAUGUCUGAGGAAAAUGUGAAGAGGCAGGAGGAUUUAACAGAGGAGAUUCAAAAGGUUCUAGAGCAAGAAGAAAUCUAUAAAAUGCAGCGGAGUAGGGUGAAUUGGAUGGCGAAUGGCGAUCGAAAUACAACUUACUUCCAUAACUAUGCAAGAGCAAGAAAGAAGCGUAAUCUCAUCAUGAAGCUGAAGGAUUCGGAUGGAGUUCUGAGGGAGGAAAACAGUCAGCUAAAAGGCAUUAUUACUAAUUAUUUCACUGAUUUGUUUUCUUCAGAAGUGGCUGGAACUGAUAUUAAUCUGUUGCAAAAGGUGAAGCCACGUGUUUCAGCAGAGAUGAAUGAGAGACUUCUGGCCCCUUUUACAGAAGAAGAAGUGAAGAAGGCGUUGUUUGCGAUAGGGGAUUUCAAGGCCCCUGGAAUGGAUGUGGACCGAAUUUGCAAAAUUAUUAGCGGGUGGAACGGGAAGAAUCUUUCCACGGGAGGGAAGGAAAUUCUGCUAAAGGAAAUUGCGCAAGCUAUACCAACCUAUGCAAUGUCAGUGUUCAAAAUUCCGAAAGGGAUUAUCAAGGCAAUAUCGGCAGCCAUUGCGAGGUUCUGGUGGGGUGAGAAAGAGGGGAAGAAAUGCAUGCACUGGUUCUGA